UGCUGAGCGUUCCCGUGCAAACGCUGCGGAAAAUUCAGAGCGGACUGUAUCUGACAGAUACUCGAAUCUAUUUAUUGUUACUUUGAGAUUCUAUUUAUUUUCCAAAAAAGAAAAAAAAGGCGAAAAUUGUUGCACGUUCUGGCCAUGUUUCGGUUGUGCUUUCGUUGUUUUUGGUGGAAAUAAUUUUUGCACCAGAACGUGCAACACGGCGUAUGCGUGUUGCAGGCAAGUGAAAACUCGGAAUGCCCCACUCGAUCAAUCAGAAUCGAGCUCUAUAAACUACUUGUCAUCUCAAUCGCCGAUGGCCCAUCAAUACAAGUUCAAUUAUCGCCAUACGAUGGCCGCCAAAAUAACAAAAAUCCAACAUGAACCGCCGCUGGAAAAUCAGUUCAUUUAGCCAAACGAUCGUGUAUCCAUCAACGCGGCUUUAAACCUGGCCAAGAAGUGCCAGAAAAAAGCAGAAAGCAGAAGCUGAAAGCAGAAAGCAUAAGGCAAAAGCAGAAACACACAGCUGACUGAAAAUGCAAACUGUUUAUUUAAUAUAAAUAUAAAAGAAAUCGCCUUGUACUCGCCGCCAUAAAGCGCCAAAAGUGAAACACAAAACAGAAGCCCCAAGAAAACACACCUAAAAGAUCGCCACAUACGAAAUAUAUAGACAAAAAAAAUAUAUAUAUAUAUUUGUAUAUAGAUGGGAAUCGGAAUCACAAUCCGUAACGGAAUCAGGAGACCGCAGAGCAAGACCCCAAGAUGAUGUUCACACGCGCCCAGGUGCGCAAGCAAAAGUCCAGCAAUUCCAGCAGCCAGCGACCCCGCAGCUCGGGGGGCUCUUCUCGUCAUCAGGGUGGUCAGGGGAGUCACGAGACGCGCUACAAACAGAGCUCAAGCAGCAGCAGUGGAGCUGGAAGUGGUUUAAGUGGCAGUAGUGCCUCCGGUGGAGCACGUAGGGAUCGGGACAGAGAUCGUGAUCGGGAACGAGAUCACUAUGGCAAGCAGCAUUCCUUUGAGCUGCCCAGGCAGCACUCCAAAGAGGAGGCCUACCAUCGGGAUAGGGACAGGGAUCGAGAUCGGGAGAGCAGCACUGGUUUGCCCGAAAAAGGAGGCGUUGGUGUCACAGGAAGCGGUGUCUAUGUGGACAGGCGAACUCGUCCUCGGAGCAUAACCAAUCGACGAGGCGCCAUUAAGCAUCAGAAAACCCACGAUAUCAAUGGACAUCGUUUUGUGGCCAAGUUCUUUCGACAACCAACUUUUUGUGCUUUUUGCAACUUGUUCCUCUGGGGAUUUGGUAAACAAGGUUAUCAAUGCAUUAUUUGUCAGACGGUGGUGCAUAAAAAGUGUCACGAAAAGUUGUUGGGCAAGUGUUCUGGAUCUGUUUUUACCUCAGCUAGUACAAUUUUGCUGCGGGAACGUUUUAAGAUCGAUAUGCCGCAUCGUUUCAAGCCCCACACUUUUAUGUCACCGACUUUUUGCGAUCACUGUGGCUCCCUGAUGGGAGGAUUUUUUAUUCAGGGUCUAAAGUGUGAAGAAUGUGACGUGAAUUGCCACAAGAAAUGCGAACGGCUCACGGCCAAUUUAUGCGGCGUCAAUCAGAAACUCAUCGUCGAGGCACUCAACUACGUGAAGCGAGGCGCUCGAGAAGCUCGCGACUCCCCCAGUACACCGCCCAGCUUGAAUCCAGCCUAUAAGAUCGAACCCAGCGAAGAACACGAUGAAACAUCAUAUACAUAUUCACAAUUCCAAAAAUCCGGACGUUUCACUGCGCCAGCCACAGUAAUACCUAGAUUUAAGAAUUAUUCGGUAGAUGAUUUCCACUUUUUGGCCGUCCUUGGCAAGGGAAGUUUCGGCAAAGUCCUGCUGGCCGAACUGAGGGAUACAACGUACUAUUAUGCCAUAAAGUGUCUGAAAAAGGAUGUCGUUCUGGAGGAUGACGAUGUGGACUCGACUCUUAUUGAGAGAAAGGUCCUGGCCUUGGGCACCAAACAUCCCUAUUUGUGUCAUUUGUUUUGCACUUUCCAAACGGAGAGCCACCUGUUCUUCGUAAUGGAGUAUCUAAAUGGCGGUGAUCUCAUGUUCCACAUCCAGGAGAGCGGACGCUUCUCCGAGGAACGGGCCAGAUUCUAUGGCGCCGAAAUAAUCUCGGGUCUCAAGUUCCUGCACAAAAAGGGCAUUAUCUAUAGGGAUCUCAAACUGGAUAACGUCCUGCUGGAUUACGAGGGACAUGUUCGUAUUGCCGACUUUGGAAUGUGCAAAUUGCAAAUCUAUUUGGACAAAACAGCCGAUAGUUUUUGCGGCACACCCGAUUAUAUGGCGCCCGAAAUCAUUAAGGGUGAAAAGUACAAUCAAAAUGUGGAUUGGUGGUCAUUCGGUGUGCUGCUCUAUGAAAUGCUGAUCGGUCAGUCGCCAUUUAGUGGCUGCGAUGAGGACGAGCUCUUCUGGUCCAUUUGCAAUGAGAUUCCAUGGUUCCCCGUUUAUAUAUCCGCCGAGGCAACAGGAAUUCUCAAAGGGCUUCUGGAAAAGGAUUAUACAAAGCGUAUUGGGUCUCAAUAUAGUCCAGCUGGAGACAUAGCUGAUCAUAUAUUCUUCCGGCCCAUCGACUGGGGUCUGUUGGAAAAGCGACAAAUAGAACCACCCUUCAAGCCCCAAGUGAAACAUCCACUCGAUACCCAAUAUUUCGAUCGGGUUUUCACCAGAGAACGGGUCCGCUUGACCCCCAUCGAUAAGGAAAUACUGGCCUCUAUGGAUCAGAAACAGUUCCAUGGCUUUACGUACACCAAUCCGCACAUCACCUUGGACUAGAGCUUAACCUUAAAAAUAUAUCCUAAAUGAUAAAUAAUAUUUAGAGCAACAGUAUUUGUAUAUGUAAAUAUUUUCAAAAAAAACCCACAAAAAAAUUAUGUGUUGGAUUCGAAGGAAGGAACUAUAAAGAAUCAGAGAAAUCGAUUAAUUUAUAUAGAUAAGUUUUAAAAUCUUAUAUAAUUUUCUAGUCAGCUAGCAGUACUUGUAUAUCUAAGUCUCUCUACACUUUAAUUGUACAGAUAUCCCUCCUCAUCAUAAUCUAUAUAUAUAUACAUUAUUAUAUAAACCAUUUUUUUUGCAAUAUUUUUGUUCUUAAUUUUAGUAAUAAAGCCAA